GAGCGCAAGAUGGAGCUGGUCCUCACCACCGCCCUGCUCUCCCUCCUCCCAGGAGCCCUUCAGGGGAGCCCCCCGGCUCUCCCAUCCAACUUUUCCCGGACGGAUGACAGUGUGAUAAACUGGGACUCAGUGUGUGGACGCCCACGAGUGUCAGGCCGCAUUGUAUCAGGGGAAGAUGCCCAACCGGGUGAGUGGCCGUGGCAGGUCAGCCUGCGGGAGCAUGGACAGCAUGUGUGUGGGGGCUCCCUGAUCGCCAAGGACUGGGUGCUGACUGCUGCCCACUGCUUUGACCAGAAACAGCUGCUGUCUGCCUACAUGGUGCUCCUGGGGUCCAUCUCCUCCUACCCCCAGGUCGACGAGCCCCGAGAGUUCCGAGAAGUGGCCCAGUUCAUCAUCCACCCAAACUACUUGGAGGAAAACAACAGGGCUGACAUCGCCCUAGUACAGCUGUCCUCACCCGUCAACUUCAGCAGCCUCAUCCUUCCAGUCUGCCUCCCCAGUACUGGAGACCCCCUAGGUCACGGCACGUGGUGCUGGGUCACCGGCUGGGGGAAUGUUGGCGUAAAUCUACCACUCCCUCCUCCCUUCACCCUGAAGGAGCUGCAGGUGCCCCUCAUUGAUGCCCAGACCUGUGACACGUACUACCAUGAGAAUUCCGGGAUCCCCACUGAGGAGCCCAUCAUCCUGGAGGACAUGCUGUGUGCCGGCUUCGAGAGUGGCCAGAAGGAUGCCUGUGGGGGUGACUCCGGAGGCCCCCUGGUCUGUGACGUUGAUGGCAUCUGGAUCCAGGCAGGGGUGGUGACCUGGGGGUCUGACUGUGGCCUCCCCAAGAAGCCAGGUGUUUACGCCAGUGUCAGCUUCUACUCCUCAUGGAUUGCCAGCACAAUCGGGAGCUCAGCCCCAGAACUCAGAAAUUUCUCUCCAAGCCUGGCUGGGAUCUUCCUCUCUGCCCUGUUGUUGCUUCUGGGACCACUAGGGGGCACCCCCGUCUCCCUGGCGCUUGCCUAACCCGGCAGCCAGCCCUGUGGCCUUAGUCCCUGCCUUCCAAACGCAUCCCUCUCUCCGCUCCCUGCCAGGAGGGCAGGAGGCGGCUUCCUGCAGGGACCGCUUCCCCAAGCUCUCCCUGGUCAGCCUCUCACGUGUCCCCCACGGGCCCUAAGUUGCCCUCUCGCCCUCCCUGACGCCUUGGGAACCCCCACAGACAAAGCCUGCUGUUUCCCGCUCCUUGGCCACCGUUCAGAGCUGAGUCUCCAGGUGCCCCCACGCUCAGGGAUUCCUUUGGGAGUUUCUGAGACUCUUGGAAGUGGGUGUCCAGCCUCUGGUGUUGGGCUGGUGCCUUUGCAGGUGUGUCUGUCUGAGAGGCA